CAGUUGCUUUCGAGCUAGCGACGCAAACGGUUCGCAUUUUGUGUGCGCAUUAAACUGAAAAUAACUGAGAGUAAAAGCAAAUAACUGCAAAUAUAUUCAGCAAAGUCGCGCGUGCGUCGUGCAAUACGCAAUCUUGUGAAAUAUACCAACCAAAUAAUGAGUGCUUGAAACUGUAAAGAUAAACUGUGCGAGUAUAGAGUGAAACUUGGCGAGUUAUUAGAAAUACUUUGGGAAUUCAGUCUCAAUAGCAAACAAAAGCAAAAACAGAAACAAAAACAAAAUGGUACGCAGUCUAGCACAGUGGACCAAAACGUUGAGUUUUCCCUCACGUUUAUCGCCCAAUCGCAAUUCCAAGGAUUGCUCAACUCUGGCCAGCCCAGUGCCUCCGCCAACACCACCCCGUAACAAGACCAAAGGGCACAGUAACUGCGCCACAUCUCGCAGCUCCUCUUCGACCGUAUCCUCUUCUCAUUCUUCGGCUGCUUCACACAAUUCACCAACUCCGGGCAACAACAACAACAACGUCAACAAUAUGCCCAUCACAGAACUGGAACAAAUCAUCUAUCCUGGUCCCGAUCCGAAGCAAGCGAUAAUGGGCUCGCUGGUCUUUUGCAUACACCACAAGCAGGGCUGCAAGUGGUCGGAUGAGCUGCGCAAGCUGAAGGCCCAUUUGAACACGUGCAAGCACGACGCCACGCAGUGCCCCAACAAGUGUGGCGCCCAGAUACCGCGCAUCAUGAUGACCGACCACCUGCAGUACACCUGCACGAUGCGUCGCACACGCUGCGAGUUCUGCCAGAGCGAGUUCUCGGGCGCUGGCCUGGAGGAGCACAACGGCAGCUGCGGCCAGGAGCCGGUCUACUGCGAGGCCAAGUGCGGCCAGCGUGUGCUGCGCGGUCGCAUGAGCCUGCACAAGUCGAAGGACUGCGCCAAGCGCUUGCGUCGCUGCGUCCACUGCCAGCGCGAGUUCUCGGCCGACACGCUGCAGCUGCAUGCGGCCCAGUGUCCGCGCACUCCGCUCGCCUGCCCGCAGCGCUGCGAUGCGGGUCCCAUACCACGCGGCGAGCUGGAGGCGCAUCUGCGCGACGAGUGCCAGUCGCUGGCUCUGGCCUGCAGCUUCAAGGAGGCUGGCUGCCGCUUCAAAGGUCCGCGCCAGCUGCUGGAGGCGCAUCUGGAGAACAGCGCCGCGGCUCACUUGUCGCUGAUGGUGGCGCUCAGCAGCCGCCAGGGUCAGCAGAUCCAGAUGCUCAAGUCGGCGGUGUCCAAGCUGUCGAUUAACUACACCGGCACGCUGCUGUGGAAGAUCACCGAUUGGUCGGCCAAAAUGAAUGAGGCGCGCGGCAAGGACGGCCUGGAGCUGGUCUCGCCGCCGUUCUACACCUCACAGUACGGCUACAAGCUGCAAGCCUCGAUGUUUCUCAAUGGCAACGGACCGGGCGAGAACACCCAUGUCUCGGUGUACAUCAAAGUGCUGCCCGGGGAAUAUGAUGCACUGCUCAAGUGGCCCUUCUCGCACUCGAUCACCUUCACGCUGUUCGAGCAGGGCGCCCAGAGCGGCCAGGGCGGCGUGGCCGAGUCCUUUGUGCCCGAUCCAACCUGGGAGAACUUCCAACGGCCAUCAAACGAACCCGAUCAGCUGGGCUUCGGCUUUCCACGUUUCAUCUCGCACGAGCUGCUGCAUAGCCGCCCCUUCAUCAAGGCCGACACCGUCUUUCUGCGUGUCAAGGUGGAUCCCAGCAAAAUUGUGGCUGUCUAAGGGAAAGCAGAAGAAGACGACACCAACGAGGAUGACUCCCCAUUUGUGUAGCCUUAGGCAUACUCGACUUCCUUAAAUACCGUGUAUUUGAAUGUGAGAGUGUGUGUGAGACUAGCCCUGUGUAAAUAGAACUUAAGAAGAAGAAGAGCAAGUGUUAGCCUCGGCUUCGGGCGUUGUUAGCCAAUUGUUUGCUAACUGGCCUUUGAAUGCUGAUCAGCCACGCCUACUGCGUAAUAGUCAUAUAGCUUAUUUACAUACAUACACACAUGAAUAUAUAUAUACAUUAUAUAUACAACUAUAUAUAGUAACUAUAUAGGUUUUGCAGUGCUGGAAUUAAACCAAAGCAUAUUAAACAUAAAGACAAACAA